AUGAGCGGAUCGCUAUCAGCGCCGGUGCUCGUUCUUGCGCUAAUCGGCGCGCUUGCCGUGUUCACCGAGGUCGUGUCGCUCGUGCGCGUCGGCGUAUCGCCGUCCUACGUGUCGUUCUCGUCCGCCGUGGCCGCCGUUCACGGACGCGAUGCCGCGUGGACGGAGCGCAGUACGGCUCCGGGAGACGCGGAGAACGACCUGGAAGGAACGGCGUGGCCUGCGGAUGCUCCCAACACAGAAGCAGCAACCGAAGCAGCAACCGAAGAAGCAGAAGUAGCAGCAGUAGGAGGAGGGGAACCCGGAGGAGGGGAAGGGAGCUCGGGUGUUGACUCCCUUCCGCCGCUCUCUCUGCUGCCUCCAGAGUCACGAGCAGGACUAAUGUUCGAUGCUCUUCUGAGAGCGCAGUUCCGAGUGCAGCAGGCGUGGGCAGCAGGCGAGCUACUUGGCCCAACAGUGCGGUGGUUCCGCAAGGGCGUGGUGGAAAGCAUGGCAGCAGAGGCGCUGUGGCUGCCUGCUGACGUCAUUGCUGCUGCUGCUGCUGACGCUGCUAUUGGCGCUGCUGAUCCCGACGCUGCUGCCAAGGCUGCUGAAGAGGCGGCGGCAGCAGCAGCGGCGGCGGCGAAAGAAACGAGGAGAGGGUUGGAUCCUUUGAAACGGGUGUUCCUGAGACUGCUAGCUCUCACAGCGGAGUGGCAGGUGCGGGCCAACCAGGGGCACGCGGAGACGGGGAAGCAUGCCCCGUUUGGCCUCCAUAUAGUCACACUGGGGGGGUCAAUAACGAGGGGAUUCAGCAGCAGAAGCACGCAAGUGCGCCACCCCUGGCCGGAUCUCCUCCUGCCCUUCUCGGUCACGGCCUUCCCUCACCUCCGCAACUUCGUCACCAACUCUGCUGUGCGUGCUUGCGGGGCCAUCUGCCCCGCCCUCAGCCUCCCAUCCUUCCUGGGAGAUUCCCCAG